AUCUAUACAAAUGUACCUCUUUGGAUUUGUCAAAGCGCUUGACGUUGGCAAUGUAAAUCGUUGCUUUUUUUGUGGACAAAUGUGUUGUAGUUUGAAGAAACCUAAUAUAAGCCACAAGUAAACAUACUUUUAUGUUGGGAAGGUGCUAGCAGUUCAGCGCUGUCUGGUUUUUACGUUAAGUGUAGUUCGUUAUUCAUUAUAUAACGCUGUUAGCGUCUUGUUGCUUUCUGUAGCGAACCGGACUGACGUGGAACCUUGGGUGAUAGAACACCAUGGAUUGUUCAUACAUGGAACCGAGUCUGUACACUGUGAAAGGCAUUGCAAUACUUGACAAUGAUGGAAAUAGGAUCCUUGCAAAAUACUAUGACAAAAAUAUAUUUCCAUCUGCGAAAGAGCAAAAAACUUUUGAAAAAAAUCUUUUCACCAAGACGCACAGGGCUAAUGCAGAAAUUAUAAUGUUGGAUGGUUUGACAUGUGUGUACAGGUCAAACGUUGAUCUUUUUUUCUAUGUAAUGGGCAGUUCCCAAGAGAAUGAGUUAAUUCUUGUGAGUGUACUGAAUUGCCUGUAUGACGCUGUCAGUCAGAUCCUUAGAAAAAAUGUGGAAAAACGAGUUGUCCUGGAAAACUUGGAUAUAGUAAUGCUGGCUCUGGAUGAAAUUUGUGAUGGAGGGAUUAUUAUGGAAGCAGAUCCAUCUGCCCUUGUUUCAAGAGUUGCUUUGAGAGUGGAUGACAUUCCUCUUGGUGAUCAGACUGUCUCUCAGGUCUUCCAGUCAGCGAAAGAACAGUUCAAAUGGCCCAUUCUAAAAUGAUGGAGGCUGACAUAGGCUGGCAGAGCCAGUAUGAAAAGUGAUUAGAGGAAAAUUGAAAGUGUACAGGCAGUGGGAUUGUGCAUUAAAAGAUUGACAGUCUAUGAAAAGUAUAUGUUUGUAGAAGUGAGAUGGACUUGCUGCAGUGAACAAACAUUUGGUGUUUUGUGGAUGAAACGUGUAAUGUUGAAAGUGUUGGUGCCUUGUAAUUGGAGUGACUUGUUGCUCAUGUACACUUUUUUUUGAACAGCCAUUCCCUUCCCUGAAGGGUCCUUAUUAAAUAGACAUUACCUCAAACAUAUUUUUUAUAGAUGUUAUCCUCCCCUUGGCCUUCUCACUCAGUGUUUUACUCCAGUUAAGUUUUGAACAUUUUAUUUUGCAUUCAUUGUAUACCAUUCAUGUUUUGCUUAAUGCCCAGAUGUUAUGAAGCAAUCCCAUUGGAUAGCUUUUACAUUUUAUUGUGUGUUUUAUGGCAUGCACCAUCCACAUUUUCAGUACUUUGGCUACGGCUGCUUUUUUUGUGUAAUUAUAUGAGUCAGUUGCAUUAUACUUGCUUUCAAGACAGAGUAUGUGAUGUCCAUUUUGAUGUGAAAUAACUAGUAGUACACAACAGUAUUACAGUGCAAUUUGAAGCAGCAUAGAAGAAUUAAUCAGAUGAAACAAAUUGAAAAAAGUCAAGUUUGUGUCAACAUUUGUGAUAAAGAAUGUUUGUUAUAAUAAGAACAUUGUUCACCUUUAAGUUCCAGUGGUUGUAGAACAGACAGUUUCGUCAGUGUUGUGUAGAUACUAGUGAGAAAUUUCCAUUCUGAAAAUGUGCCUGCAAGGCACCUCACGAAGAAUAGCAAAAUGUGGGGGAGAAAAAAGAGAGACCUUGUACUUUUUAUUUCUCUAUAGGCAAGAUGAGAUUUGAUUGAAGAAAGUGCCUAAUUUGGAAGUAUCAGAAGUAAAAUUUGGUAAUUUCAUUUCUUCAAUGAAAUUAUUCCCAGAAUAUUGUAUGAUAGGUGCAAGUGAUAACGUGUUUGGAUUUGUGGUUUAUCAUUCACUGGUCCUUAUGGGAAAAAAGACAAAAUACAAAUCUAAUUUACUGAUAUACCAUUGUGGAAAUGUUAGUACCAUACUUUUUCUGUCAGUCAUUGUGUAGUACCAUACUAAAAUAAUUGUUUCAUUGGAUAUAAAUUACAGUUUUAAUUACAGGAUGGGUAAUUAAAAACUAUCAUCCUCAUGAUAGACUAACUACCCAAUUUUCCUGUUCCAUUUGUUGGUGGUAAGAAGGGAAAGAAAAAGAUUGUUUGUACCAUUUUGUGUAACCCUGAAUUACUUUAAUGUUUGUUAUGGUUGCAUAAGAUUUAUGUUGGAAGAGGUUUUUCCACUUUCUGGUCACUGAGCAUAUGAUUAAACUGUAUAGGUCUA